AUGAGCCAACAACAUCCAAACGAGAUGUACAUGGACUUCCCUCACCCUACGAGCCGGUCUCCGAGCUCGUCAAGGGCGCCUUACACCCAUCAAGCAUUUCCCACUGGCUUCUCCCUCCCCCGUCACUCGCAGCGGCCCUUCGACUCGCCCCUCGGGUCUUCUGCCCUAUACUCUACCGACCGCAUAGCUCCUGGCGGCUAUACUCUGAGGGCCGGUAUGGAUCAAAUGUCCUCGGUUCCCGGCCUCGCUGGCGGCUACAUGCUGGAUAACAACCAGUCGUGGGCCUACAACGCCGGCAACGUUGCCACUAUCAACGGACCGUUGAAUGGCGGCGGCGCGCGUCAACGAGCUAGCAACCGAAGGACUGCGCUUCCCUCUACGUGGACCGACGCCAAUUCCAUGGGCAUGCACCCACCCAUGCCCACCUUCCAGCCCCCUGGCUUGUCAUCGAACCCCUUAUCGUCUGGCCUUCGCAUGGAUCAGGUUUCCCCCGAUGCUCGCAGCCCGAAUCCCCAACCCGGCGAAUCCGACCAGUUGAUCCCCACGGCAAUCGUGAUAAAGAAUAUCCCAUUCGCCAUCAGGAAGGAGACUCUGGCCCAGCUGAUGACCGACCUUCAUUUGCCUCAGCCCUAUGCGUUUAACUACCAUUUUGACGGUGGCAUUUUCCGCGGUCUCGCUUUCGCCAACUUCCAGUCCCCUGAGGAUACUCGGCUCGUGAUAGAGACGAUGAAUGGUCUGGAGGUUCAUGGUCGGAAACUGCGAGUUGAGUACAAAAAGAUGCUCCCUGAGGCCGAGCGGGAACGGAUCGAGCGGGAGAAGCGGGAGCGCCGUGGCCAGUUGGAAGAACAGCAUCGUGGUCCCGUUCUCCACCAGCAGCCUUCGCUCCAGACUCUCACCAGCAUGGCGAACAGCCAGCAGCAGCCCAGGCAUGCUCAUUUGAGGGACCUCGACUUGAACGAUCCGAUCACGCUACAGUAUUACACAGAGUUGACUCUGUUCCGACGCGAUGAGAGCCGAGAGAUUCUCAUCUUCCCCUCGAGCGUUAGCCCCGAAGAACGCCGCCAAAUCCACAUCCUCGCACAUUACAUGGGAUUGGAGCACCGCUCCGUUGGUGAUGCGGACUCCAGGCAGAUCCAGGUCAUCAAGCCGCACGUCCCAUCUCCCACCGGCCAGGCACACACGAGCACCGCCGUUAGUCUUGACUUGCACCGCCGGGGACUAAGCCGUGCUGCCACUUUUGACUUUGCAGCGGACCGGGAAUCGCGCGGCAUUACCGGCGGCUAUCCCCAUGCCAUCGGCCGUCAAGGUCCCACGCUGGAGCUUCCGGGCAGCCCCGACGGGGUCGCCAUUCCCAACAAUCUCAGGACGGCUAAGAGUUUUGCGGAUCUGAGGUCUUUUAGUCCUAGCCCGUCGCACUCCUCUUCGAGCUAUCUAAACCCGGCUACAGGAAUUGGUGGUUUACCGGCCUCCUCAUUGGCGCGUCUCGGUGACUACACAGGUAGCCUCAGCCAAGCUGGUUCCCUCGCGACUCCCACUCUAACCUCAAGUGCUCCAGGUACCGCUGUAAGCCAGGGCUCCUCAAACGAGGCGACAGUGCUUGCUAGUACUCUCAGCAGCCUGAACCUCGGUUCGUUCGAGUCUAGCUCCGUGUCUUCCCAGAACCGAAGCACGCCAGGCGCUAUUGGCAGCCACCGACCGAGCGCGAACGGAUCGUCGUCGAACCGCGCCGCCCCAGAUAGGCAGCCUCGAGGGCCAGAGUGGGAGGCCGCCUCGGGAUUCUCUGGCCGCAACCGUGUCAAUGGGCAUAUGCAGAGGGGAAGUGGUGAGUUGGUCCCGAGUGACCUGAUCGAUGAGUAG